AUGAACUCAACAAAUCCAGAAACAGUUUUAGGUUUUGGUAUGUGGAAGCAGAUUGUAGAUAAAUUCUUAUACUGUGCUAGAUAUUCAAAGCAAACAGGAGGUUCGAAGAAAAUUAAAGAAGCAAACCUUCCACCGCACACUCAUACAGGAACUACAAACACAACAGGUAGUCAUUCACAUUCAAUAACAAAAAGAGGUUAUACAAAUCUUGCAGCAGGUUCGGAUAGACAGGGAAUGCAUAGAUAUGAUAUUUCAAGUGACCCAGUAGAUUCAAGCGCAGGUAUUUUCUGUGGAACCACAGGAAAUCAUUCACACACUUUCACAACAAAUCCAACAGGCUCGGGUGCAGAUUAUAUGCCACCAUUUGUGACUAUAUUCGCAUGGUACCGCGUUCAAUGA